UAUUCAACUUUGGAUGCCCAGAACUCGACACUCUACCAUAAUGAUUGUUCUUUCAGCGCUUUUGGGCCUCCUGCUGGUGCUGACAGCUGAGGCCAGAGUCGGAGACUCCUCUCAGUUACAAUUCUGCACUGAGACAAAGGAGUGUCUGCUCUUUGAUCCUAUUUGUCAGAUUGAUGACGUGGAGGUUCGUAACUACAGCUCCGUGAAGUGGGCCUCAACUAGCGAUUCCUCCAUGUUAAUGGAAUUUGCUGCAAUGAAAAUGUUCAGACGACUAUUCGACUACAUCGGAGGUUCUAACGAUCAAGAAGUGGUAAUUGACAUGACAUCUCCGGUUCUGAUGACUAUGCCUGAGAAGAGUUGGUGGCAAACGGCUGUCUUCACGAUGAGUUUCUUGCUGCCAGAUAUGUAUCAGGAAAGCCCCCCCACACCCACCAAAGGCGGGGUGAACAUCCUUGAGACGCCUCACAUGAGAGUGUAUGUGCUGACCUACAGUGGAUGGAUGACGACCUACUCUAUCAACAAUGCCUUUGACAAGCUGUCCAAGAAACUGGACGCCGUUGGUGCAAGGUACAAGACAGACACCCGCUAUGCUGCGGGCUACAACAGUCCAAUGACCAUGAACGACAGACACAAUGAGGUGAUGCUUGUCGUUGAGGGGGAGCCAGUGUGUCCCAACUAGUACUGAACAGCUGGACCUUCACAACAACUUCAAGUCAUAUUGUGUCACAUAAAGAAGCUUGUGGAGACGACCCGGACUUGGAAAAUAAAGAACAAAAUUGAAAUCUACCAUGUACUGAGGUUUUUCUGUUAAAGUCAAUAAAAUUACCUCCCUAAACUGA